UCCUGCUUUGACGUCACGUGACCGGUUGUUGAUCAUGUGAUUGAAAAGCGGAGUUCUCUGACAAAACAGGAGCUGUUACCAGAAAAUCUCAGUCGUUUUUGUUCGGAGUUACUUUUUUAACAACUAAAACGUAACUUUUAAACUAAACUGCGGACGAAAUAUAAAGUUUGAAACGUUACAAAGUCGCGCGUGCUAGCAUUAGCAUAAAGAAAUCCCUUUUUUUUCUUGAUACUUUUUCAGUUGUUUUGUUAGAAAUAUUUCAGCACGAUGAGGUUGGUGAUUCUGGACGACUAUGACCUGGCCAGUGAAUGGGCCGCUAAAUACAUCCGGAACCGGAUCGUCCAGUUCAACCCGUCCGCAGACAGAUACUUUACUCUGGGUUUACCCACAGGCAGCACUCCUUACGGCUGUUACAAGAAAUUAAUAGAGUUUCACAAAAGUGGAGAUCUGAGCUUUAAAUAUGUGAAAACCUUCAACAUGGAUGAAUAUGUUGGUUUGCCUCGAGCUCAUCCGGAGAGCUAUCACUCCUACAUGUGGAACAAUUUCUUCAAGCACAUCGACAUCGACCCGGCCAACGCUCACCUCCUGGACGGGAACACCGAGGACCUGGAGGCCGAGUGCCGGGCGUUCGAGCAGAAGAUCGCCGAGGCCGGGGGGAUCGAGCUGUUCGUCGGCGGAAUCGGUCCUGAUGGUCACAUAGCGUUCAACGAGCCCGGCUCCAGUCUCGUGUCCAGGACCAGAGUGAAAACGCUGGCGAAGGACACCAUUCUGGCCAACGCUCGCUUCUUUGGCAACGACCUCACCAAGGUUCCCACCAUGGCUCUGACGGUGGGGGUGGGAACUGUCAUGGACGCCAAGGAGGUGAUGAUUCUGAUCACAGGAGCCCACAAAGCCUUCGCUCUGUACAAAGCCAUCGAGGAGGGGGUCAACCACAUGUGGACGGUGUCCGCCUUCCAGCAGCACCCCCGCACCAUCUUCAUCUGCGACGAGGACGCCACGCUGGAGCUCCGGGUCAAAACCGUCAAAUACUUCAAAGGUUUGAUGCAUGUUCACAACAAGCUGGUGGACCCGGUUCUGAGCAUGAAGAACCAGUGAAUCGGAGCCGGUUUAUCUGAGGAGCUGUGGAGCCAGAGUUUGAUUGAUUGUUACUUUUCUUUUUAUCUGCCUUCAUUGUUGCCAUCAGGCUGUUACAGAUUGYUACUGCGAGCUCUCAGCUCAGGUUUGUGUUUGAGACGUUCUCACGAAGCCGGUUGUUUCUUUUUACGACUCUGUGUUCAGGRUUUAACCAGAAGAAGAAAACCGUUCUCAUCCAGGCUUCCUGAAGUUAUUUUAAAGGACUGAAGGAGGGAAACGCAGCCAAAGUUGACCUUUGAAAGUUCUUCAUUGAGCCUGGAGAACUGUUGAUCAAGAUCACUUUGUUAAAAAGAUACAAAACAGUCGAGCUGCUUAGGAGGAAAACAAAGAAACGACUGAAUCAGAUCAGUUUAAAAUAAAUUUAUCCUCAACUUAUGACGAUCUGAAGGGAAAAAAGGGAUUUCUGUUUAUUCUUAAUUUACUGACUUGUGUUUGUUCUCAGCGGCGUUGGUUCUGUCCGCCUCAGAGUGAUGAUCCUUUAACUUUUCUUACAGAACAGGAUGUCAGUCAGUUUCACAAUCUAAGGAGAAACUGAACAUUUUUGUAACAAGAGAUUAAAAAUAAGCUGAGUCAUGAGAAUCGCCCCCACCACGUCUGCAAAUUUAUAUUUCCAGCGUAAAUAUUUCUACUUCUUUGGUUGCGGUUACAUUCCCUCCCUGUUUUGUUACGUUUAUGACUCCCACGUUGGAGUUGUUUUUUUUGCUCAUUCAUGUACUGUAGUCACUUUUGAUCGUGAGUUAGGAAUGAAAUGUCUUUGCUAACGAUGUUUUUGAUCGUUGUUUUCUGUCAGAUAUACAAAAUAAAAGUGAACAGAAUCAAGAAA